AUGUUCGGGGAGCGGCGCGGCUUCCAGGAGGAUGAGGCGCUGCUGGAGCGCCUGGGUGACCUGCUCGAGCGGUGCUUGGCAGCCCUGGCGGGCUUCGCUCCGGAUGGCUCUGGGGGUUACAAGCUCUCGGAGUCAAGCGAGCAGCCUGGGCCCGACGUCCUGGCCGCGGAGGCCGCCGGCGCGGCGUGCUUGAAGCUGGCGCGGAACCUCGCAGCGGGGUGCUCGGACAUCCAGGCGCGCUGGUGGCGCCGGGGCCUCGUGGAGCGCCUGGCGGUGCAGGCGCGCUGCGACCUCGCGGCGCCUGGUGGCCAGAGAUCCCUCGCCUGGUGCGAGGCUGUGCCAAGCUUUAUGGCCAACGUGGUGGCUGGCAACGAGGAGCUGCGGGCUGAGGCGCUGCAGGCCUUGCAACCGCACGGCCUGGCGGCAGUACUGGCCUUGUGCUGGCAACGCCCGGACCACGGCUUCCUGCUGCUGCAGAACCUUUGCGCUGGAGGCGGCCUGGACAUCAGCCAUGGCGGCCUGCUGUACAUGGUGCUGAGCCUCCUGCGUGCCGUCGAGGAGGUGAGCCCUGCGGUGGCAGCCAAGGCCAAGGACUGGGCGGCCAUCUUCUUCUCCAGCCUCUGGUCUCAAGGUUUGUUUGCCGAGGUCUUUGCCUCGGUGAAGAAGGUGACGCCGGCAGAGCUGCACGGCUUCCUCCAUGCUUCGGCGGCUGUACCUGGCUGGGGCGCUCUGAAGCCCGGGGCGGCAAAGUCCUCGGCGGAGGAGAGCUUCGGGCUCAUCAUGUCCAGGAUGUGUGGACGAAGAGAGGCCUUGGGCCUCCUGUGGCACACGAUCCGGGGGCUGCUGGGCUCACUGGACAGCGAGCAGGGGGAUGGCGUUGGCGCGGCAUCGCCGGAGGCCUUGCGCCUGGCACGACGGCUCUUGGGCGAUGACAGCUUUGUGGACUUGGCGAGGCAGGAGAUGUCGGCGGCUUUGGUGCGGCUGGCAGCGGCCCAUUCGCUGAAGCUGGAGCUGGACAUCGCUCCUGCCUCUGCCUGUGAGGUGCUGACGCUUCACGCGGAGGACUUGGAUGUGGCAGCGCUUGCUGCGCGUGGCUUGGAGGAGCAUGAGCAAAGCGAGGAAGAGGGCGCCUUUCGGGAGAUGCUUCUUUGUGCAGUGGCCCUUUGGCGGCGCUUGGAUGGACGUGAUCAUGCAAUAACCAUGCGGCAGGACUUGGCUGCCCUGCCCUGCGGCACCUUCCCCCCCAAGCUCGCAGGUCUGUACCUCUGGGGCAACGUGAAGCUGAUGGCGGCGCUGCACCACCUGCGAUUUGGGACUGCGGCUGUGGCGGAGACCGGGGUCGAGCUGCCAGCGCGGCAGGAGCCGAAAUCGGGAGACCCCACGGCUGCGGUGAAGGCGGCCUUCGCCGGGCAGUUGGUGACGCAACUCAGGCUUUGCGGCAACGUCCUCUUCGAAAGCCCCGAGGCCGCGGAAUUCCUGCGCCUCUCCGGCGGCUUGCCCACCUUGCUGUCCCACUGCUACGCCGAUCCGGAGCUGCCUCUGCUGCGCGAGGCGGGCAUCUUCGCGGUGCGCAAUGCCACGCAGCACAGCAGCGCGACGCGUGAGGAGGUGAAACAGCUUCUAGCGGAAAGGCGGACAAGAGAUCCCAAUCGCGCUUUGCCAAUGGUGGAUGAGUCAGCCCUGCUGUCCUGAAUGCGCGGCACGGGCGACGAAGUGGCCACCAGGUGAUGCAGCUUGAGCGCUCCCGUUUGAGCAAGAUGUGAGACCCUGGGAAAGCAUCCUCUCUUCCCCA